AUGCAAGGUUCUAUGGACAGAUUUCUUGUAAAAUCAGCAAAUCUUAAUGAAUCCGGUAGAAGUGGUGAUGAGUUUGAUGAUCCAAUGGAAGAUGAGAAUGAAAUAAAUGAUGAGGAUGUCAAUGAAGAAGAUAAGGAGGUUGAAGAUGAUGUUACUGAUGUCACUGAAGAGGAUGAUAAUCUAAGUGAAAAGGAGAAUGAAGACGUGAAUGAUCAAGUUCAAGAUAAUACUGAUAUGGGUAGAAUCUUAGAUAUCUAUGAUCCUGGAAAUUGGGGACAAGUCAAACCUGCAUUAAAACUUGUUAUGGUUGAAAAAGGUCCUGCUCAAAGACUACCGAGUGAUUUUAUCUUUCCAAGAGAGAAAGCAAGUGGUCGACAUUUUUCUCAUGCAUACUAUACACGAUCUUUGAGUAAUGGAAAGAAGCAAGACAGACGUUGGCUAGUUUACUCAAAAACAUUAGAUAAAAUCUUUUGUAUUUGCUGUAAAUUGUUCACUCACAAUCAAAGUCACUUGGUAUCUAAAGGAUUCAAUGAUUGGAAAAAUAUUUUGGAAAGGUUAAGGCAUCACGAGACAAGCCACGAGCAUAUCAAAUGCAUGAGCCAGUGGAUGGAAUUAGAAUUGAGGCUGCAGAAAAACCAAACAAUUGAUAAGCAUAUUCAAGAAGAACUCAGCAAAGAGAGGAAUCAUUGGAAAGAUGUGAUGGUCAGAAUUUUUUCAUUGGUAAAAACUCUUGCUAAACAAAAUUUGGCAUUCCGUGGGAGAAAGGAAAAGCUAAAAGUAGAUGGUAAUGGAAAUUUCUUAAGUUUUAUUGACUCAAUGGCUGAGUGGGAUCCGGUAAUGAGAGAACAUGUUAGAAGGUUUGAAGAUGGGGAAUCUCGUUAUCACUAUCUCAGUAACAGAAUUCAGAAUGAGUUGAUAGGAAUGAUUGCUGAUAAGAUCAAGGGUAUGAUCAUAAAAAAGAUUCAAAGUGCCAAGUAUUUUUCAGUCAUUGUUGACUGUACUCCAGAUAUUAGUCAUCAUGAACAGAUGACUCUUAUCCUUCGAUGUGUUGAUGUUUCAUCUGCAGCUUCAGCUAAGAUAGAAGAAUUUUUUCUCACAUUCUUGAUAGUUAAUGAUACAUCUGGAGAAGGGCUUUUCCGUGAGAUUCAGAAUGUAUUGGUUUCUCUAGAUUUAAAUAUUGAUGAUGUGAGGGGACAAGGAUAUGAUAAUGGAUCCAAUAUGAAGGGAAAACAUAAAGGAGUACAAAAAAGGUUUAUUGAUGUUAAUCCACGUGCAUUUUAUACACCGUGUGGGUGUCACAGUCUUAAUCUUGCUCUUUGUGAUAUGGCAAGCACUUCUGAAAAAGCUAGUUCAUUCUUUGGGAUAAUUCAGCGUAUUUAUCGCGUCUUUGCAUCUUCAACGAAGCAGUGGAAAAUUUUAGAAGAUAUGGUGGGAGGUUUGACAGUUAAAUCUUUAUCGAAAACACGGUGGGAAAGUCAUGUUGAAUGUGUCAAGGCAAUAAGGUUUCAAGCUCCAAAGAUAAGAGAUGCUUUAAUUUAUAUAGCAGAGACUACUAAGGAUCCGACAACAAAAAGCGAUGCUGAGUGUCUUGUUACAAGCGAGACACAUGGGAUUGGAAAUUAUGAAUUCUUGUUGUCUAUGGUGAUUUGGUACAAACUGUUAUUUGCUGUUAACACCGUAAGCAAGAGUUUGCAGUCAGAAAAAAUGAACAUUGAAGGUGCUGUUUCCCAGUUGGAAGGACUUCUUUCUUUUUUUCGGAAUUAUAGAGAGAGAGGCUUUGAAAGUGCAAAAACAGAUGUUAAAAAAAUUGCAGAAGCUAUGGAGAUUGAAGCCACAUUCCCAACACAGAAAAAGCGUGUCAUCAAAAGGAAAAGGUUCUUUGAUGAGGAACCAGAGUUAGUUGAUGAGUCUGUAGAUCUAUCUCCGGAAGAGAGCUUCAGAACUUCUUAUUUCCUCCAAGUCAUGGAUCAAGCUCUUUAUUCUCUUGAAACAAGGUUUGAGCAAUUUCAGAAGUAUGAACAAACAUUUGGUUUUCUCUUUGAUUUGGAGAAACUGAAAUCAGCGAGUGAAGAUAGUUUGAUGGCAUCUUGUACCAAUCUUGAAGCAGCUUUAAAGCAUGUACAUCAUUCUGAUGUUAUUGGGGAUGAUUUGUGUUUUGAACUGAUGGUUCUAAAAGAGGCAUUGCCACAAGAUUACAAGAGACCUCUUGAAGUUUUGAACUUCUUGAAAGGAAGGGAAGAGUGUUAUCCAAACUCAUGGAUUGCUUAUCAAAUAUUAUUGACGAUUCCAGUUUCUGUCGCCACUGCUGAAAGAAGCUUUUCCAAGUUAAAGCUAAUAAAGUCUUAUCUUCGAUCAACCAUCAUAAGAAAGGUUAAAUGGUCUAGCAAUUAUAUCGAUCGAGAGAGAAUUAGUUAGGAAUCUAGAUUAUGAUAAUUUGAUUAAAGAGUUUAUUGAAAAAGAGGGAAGAAAAAUUUUGUCUUAGUUUUUUAAAGUUAUUGUCUUAAUAUUUUUUUUUUCAAAUAUAUAUUGUACUAUGAUAAAAAAAAAUUUAUAAAGGGGCCCCAUUUUUAUAUUCGCCUCAGGCCCCAUUAAACCUUCGCACGGCUCUGUCAAAAUCAUUUAACCAAAUACAUUUAUAUGUCCAAUUAUGGCUACCACUAACUCCAUGAAACAAUUAUAAGCGUUACAAUCCAAUAACUUUAUGAAAACCAAACAACACACUUUCUCCUUGGUGCUAUAUAAACAAAUGCCCAAAGCAAGCAACGUACGGAAACAUCCUUAGAAAAAAACAAAACCCUACAAUUUUUCAUCAUUUCCAUGAAUCCAAAACAACCUAUUAUGCUUACACUUGAGUCCAUGCCUGAAGACAUGCAUCUUUUAAUUGUUUCGAAAGUAAGCUCCACCUCCCCCAUCGACUACUUCAAUACAAUCAUCACCUGCAAAAGCCUCGGCUUCAGUUCUGAGAACUUCUCUGUUGCCAACGAUCUCAACCUCUCGCGUUUGGUAAAGAAGCCUGCUCUAGCUAACAAGUACAAAACGUUGGUGGAAACCUGCAUCAAAGCCAACAAUGUUGAUGCUCACUUUGUUAAAGGUAUGCUUGAAUACUUCCAAUCUCAAAAUCAGAUCCUAGGUCAACAUCACAUCCACACAGCCUCAGAGGGUGGUCACCUCCAAGGAAGGUAUGUUUAUGGGGUUCUUCUGAUGGCCAUCGGCCAGACUGAGAAAGGGGUUAAAAUAAUCAACAAAAGCAAGGUAUUUCAGUGGUGGUAGAUUGCAUUGCAAAUUUCCAGCGGUCUCUGGAACACCCUCUUCUUCACAUGAAGGAUAUCUAUGUGAGCUCAAUUCUUAAGAUGUGGCCAGAUCUGAACUGCCAUUCUCAAGAGGAAGUGGACAACACAGUCUGCGCCAACUGUUUCCACUUCUUUUUGCUGACCAAGUUCUACAAGAUGAUGCUGGGUUUCAAUGAUCUCCAGGAUUAAGUAACUUGCUAUCACCAAACGUUUUUGGCGUUUACAUUUUCAUGUUCCCCGUUACCUUUUAAUUUCUCAUUUCCGGUUUGUGGUACAAGUUAAAGAUUUAUGUUGAUCUUAAAUUUGUAACCGUUGCUUUGUUCUAGUUUCCCUCUUAAUUUAAAAAAAAAAAAAAUUAACAAAAUAAAGCUUCAUAGCUCCAACACAAUAAAACUAUAUUUUUUCCCAUGCAAUGAAAUUUGAAUGCUUAUCACAAUCGAUUAAAAACAAUAACUUCGUUUUUGCUUGACAUACAAGCUAAUACUCACGCAACUUUACCUAAUAAAAAACCACACAUAUCCACCAGACUUUUCCACAUAGAACGAAGACCUUAACCACAACGCACACAACUAACUACAGACACUCCUAACUACUACGUACAAGAACACAAAGAUUUUGAUGUUUCAAUCGAAUAAAAUAUCCGAAACCGGCGCGUAAUGCCCCUAGUUUCCAUUAAAGUAAAGAUCCAUUAUCCUUAAUAAAAUUCUUUACUGAACUAUAAAGACAACACUAGCAACUUUACAAAAAAAAAAAGAGAGGUGUUUUUUUGAACCUUCUUACGGACACUCUAGGGCAGGUGAUGAGAACCAAGAUAAUAUAGCAAAAAGCUUGGUGUGUGAUAUACGACAAAGCUCUAAAUCAAGAUUUAAGUUUUAGUCAAAACAAAAAAAAAGCUAACAAUAAAAAGGAUACGAAACUGAAAAAGCUUCAAUAACUUAAAUCAUCAACAAAGCUUCCACUAAACGUCAACGAACUUCGCUUACAACCUUUAUCAGCUCUUGAUUCACUCUGAACAUCAAACCUUAACAAGCUUCACUAACAACCAAGCUUUGGUAAGAGAUUAUUACCGUGAAAUGACUUCAGUAAGGGUGGAAAUGAUGAUCAGACAUGUAUGAGCUCUUGAUUCACUCUGCCUCACUUUCGAUUAACAACAAAAAUCACAAAUGAGAAUUAGGUUUCCAAGUAGGGGUGUUCAAUCCGGAUAUCGG